CCACUACUUUGCGACUACUAUCCGGCAUCCCUCUUUCUGCAAAAUGAGCGUGGCGACUCAGGCGAUGCCUCGUCCGCCGGCUCUUGAUGGAGACGUGAACGGAGUAGCUGGAAAGGGCGCAGAUGGCGCGAAUGAGGUGCACAAGGAACCCAAGUUUGCCAGCGGCCUCAUUCUUCCCCCUCCCGAGAUCAAGUCUGUCAUUGACCGUACCGCAGCCUUCGUUGCGCGUUCUGCCAAUCCGCCCCAAUUUGAGGAGAAGAUCCGCGAGAACCAGCGUCAGGAUCCAAAGUUUGCGUUCCUCAACCCGGCCGACCCUUACCAUGCAUACUACAGACACCGCAUGGAUAAGGUCGCCCGCGGAGAGGUCGACGAGGUAGCGACGCAGAAGGAGGGGGAGAAGGCGGAGGAGAAGCCUGCUGAGCCUGCAGCACCCGUCGAUAUGGGAGAGGAGCCCCCUGUGCCGGAGUUCAUCUUGAAUAUUCCGAACGUUACGGCGAUCGACUUCGAUAUCAUCAAGCUCACGGCGCUGUUCACAGCGCGGAGAGGCCGUCCAUUUCUAGCCGCACUCUCGGCACGGGAAGGACGCAACUACCAGUUCGACUUCCUGAGGCCGACCCAUUCGCUAUUUGGAUAUUUCAACAGGUUGGUGGAGCAAUACUCGAAAGUUCUCCUGCCUAGUAAGGAGAUGCUCGCGCAGCUGAAGGAGCGUACGCAAGACGGCGCUCGAUGGAAGGACCUCGAGACGGCGCGGAAGCGUGCGCGCUGGGAGCAGAUGAAGCGCGAGCAGGACAAGAAGCGCGAAGAUGACAGGGAGGCUGAGCGAAUUGCUUUCGCCGAAAUCGACUGGCACGACUACGCGAUCGUGCAGACGAUUGAAUUCACUGCUGCCGAUGCCACCGCCGAGCUCCCGCCUCCCAUGAGCGUACAAGAGGUAGAGAACAUGACGCUGGCUCAGAAGAGGAUGGCAGCCAUGGUUAUGGAGACUACAGCGGAGGACGUCGAGGCACAUCGCGCACGCCAAGCUGCUGCAGACGCGGAAGCUGCCGCCGCAGCGAAUGGUGCUGGGGACGAAGAUGAUCAAGUCAUGGAGGAGAGCGACGACGAGGACGACGAAGCGAAGGAAAGGAAGCGUCGCGACGAGGAGGAGAGGCAGAGGGAGAUUGAGCGGGCCAGGGCUAUUCAGGCCAGCUCGUUGGACGUCGGUGGUCCCAUGAAGAUCAGGACAGACUACGUCCCAAAACUGAACAAGAAGGGUGGAGAGAAGCUCACAACAUGUACCAUCUGUGGGCAGCAAAUCGCUGUAGACGAGCUGCAGGAGCACAUGCGUAUCGAGCUUCUCGAUCCCAAGUGGAAGUCGCAGCGUGAUGCACUCGAGGCCCGCAAGGCACAGGCGUCCGAGCUCCAACGUGGUGCAAACGUGGUUUCUUCGCUUAAGAACCUUGCCCGCACUCGUGUCGAUAUCUUCGGCGCCGAAGCGGAUGAGGAGAAGCGGAAGAAGGAAGAGGAGGAGGAGCGACUGCGUCGGAGGGAGCGCGAGAAGGAUGUAUGGGACGGUCACACUGCGUCGAAGGCGAACACGCUCGAUAGGUAUCAGACCAACUCGAACAUCGACGAGCAAAUUGCCGCCAUUCACCGCGCAAAGGGUCUUGGACCGCAAGAAGCCAACGCUAUCGGUCCUGGUAUCGGUCCUGCGGCUAUCCCUGCUCCGCUGAACAGUCUGCCCCCUGCCCCAGCAUCCCUCCCUGCCCCACCAACAGGAGCAGGCGUCCCUGCGCAGAACUCCGCUUACUCGGCAGCAACCGUCUCCUCAGGCCCUCAACCAGCUUCCCUCUUCCCCCAACCCGCACCCGUCAUGCUCCCCCCACUUCACUACCAGGGUAUGGACGCCGCCCAGCCGUUCGGCUACCAGCCCCCUCCUCCCGGUGCGCCCAUGAUGCACCCCGCACGCGCAGCUGCGCUGCAAACGCCCCUCCCGACGGGCACCCCCCCACAAGUCGGCAUGGUGCGCAGCGCAGACGAGAUGGAGGACGGGGCGGACGGGGCGCCCCCCGCGAAGCGCCAGCGGGUGGCCAAGCUCCCCGGGGGCGCGCUGUACCCGGAGCAGGACUGGAUCAACAUGCACCCGCACCCGAUUUCGCUCCGGGUGCAGCUGCCGAACGAGCCGUCACGGCCGGAGUGGAAGUUCGACGGGAGCGUGGUCACGCUGCAGGAGCUGCCGCUGAGCCUGCUCGUGUCGACGCUUCGGGACAGGAUCGUGCAGGCGACGGGGAGCACUGUAGGCGUGUCGAAGAUCCGGGUGUCGUACGGGGGCAAGAUGCUGACGAACACGCAGACGAUCGCGGUGUACAACCUCGAGGACGAGGACCUCGUCGUCGCCACUGUGCGCGACGAGAAGAAGAAAAAGUGAUCUGGAUGGCUUUCGUCUUGCGGUUCCGUUCCUGGUCCCUGCCCGGUCAUGCGUUGCGAUUCGUGUUGUACUCCUUUCCAUCGCCUAUGUGAUUCACGUUCCCAAGUAGACCGGUCAUAUUUAAAGUAACGUGGGUCAUUGCAUCGAAGGUGUAUCAUAUGCAAGAGGAGGGACACGAGACAAGAACAUGAGAACACAAGGACAGAGCCAAGACAAAGCUAAACUACACUACUAUACAUCCGCCGAGACCGAAAGUUAGAGCGCUACCCGACAUAACGAUACCUGCACGACAAACACGGUCGACGUGCCGUCCAGCAUGCUCACAGGAACCUGCGGGCGACAAGCGCAAGCAUCAGGCUGAGGAGCACGCAGAUAGCCGUGUCCAGCAAGACCGGGGGGCGCUUCGGGGUCUGUCUGACAGCCGCGACGAGGGCGGGCUGGGGAGUCGCAUCGCGGGUGGCAGGCUGCGUGAACGGGGUACCCGGUGGGGUAAAGGACUGCGUGACGAUAGAUGGCUGCGCGUGCGGGCGUGUCGGUUUGGGAGCAACGAGCGGGACGGGACGGUGGACGAUAUGCGCCUCCGGCAUGGGAGCUUGUGUCUCCACUGCGAGUACAGGCUGUGCGUUAGGAGAUUGUACGGCGACGAUAGGGAUGUCGGACGAGGAGACAGGCGCGGGGGAGGGAGUGGAUGAGGAGUUGUCGCCUGACGACGAUGACGACGAGGAUGCGCUGCCGUCGGACGCAGGCGGGUCGGGAAGGUGCUCGAGGUUGGACAUGUUGCAGCGCGGGCAUACCCAUUCGCGCGAUAGUGCAGCGAGACGUUUCCGCUCGGCUGUGGGAUAUUCGAUAGCGCCGACACCGACUGCAGCGGUGCCUUUGAGUGGGAAGAAACCUUGCAGACCGAUUAUGGCGGUGCGCACACCCCAUGCAGGCUGCCAAAGCUCUUCGUGAUAGUUAGUGAAGCUGAUGCAUAUCUUCGUAUUGAGCUCGAAGCGGCCAUUCGGGGUAAGCAUCAUGAUAGCAGGCGGACGGAAGGGGUAUUCGGAGGGGAGCAGUAUGCGGAAGUGGUACAAUCCACCCUCAAACUCCGUGCCAGGCGGUCCGCGGAUGGUGCAGUGCCAUUCGAAGAUAUCGUCCUCAAGCGGUGCCGCAGCGUAGUCCGUGCAUGGGUCGUUUGCCAACUCCCGGGCCUCCUGCAUAAUCCGCUUGACAGCGGAAUUGUUCUUGUUGAGCCCAGUCCUAGCGGCCAUGGCAACGGCAAUCCUAUCGACGAAGACAAGAAGCUCCGAGUCGCGUGCAAGAGCAGAAGGCGGGACGGUUGAGAGGAUGAUGAGAGUCGACGAGCGCGGUUCCUCCUGACUU